GUAUAUACUGAUUGAGUUCGUUGGGCACUCACGGGGAGGAUUCCCGACGGGAAACACUGGAAAGACCACAACGCAGGGAUGUUACGUGGCGUGGAGGAUUGUUAAAUUUAUUGACCCUUGAAAGAAAGAUUCCGCCCGAGUAGAUGUAUGGUAUCUCGAGAAUUGGGCAAUGUUUGGGAUUCUUGGCUGGACUCGGCGUCGGCGCUCCAGCGGCCGGAGACGUGAAUGUCGGACCCUGAUGCGGAGAGUGUGGUGGCUAUAUUUGUCCAAGCCGUCGACACUUCCCUGUUUCGUCGGCUAGUUGGGGAAAUGAUUAUCGUAGGACAACCAUUCUGGGGUCUGGUCUUCGGAAUCUCAGGCGUCCCAUGCGGUUUGAUUGAGCAGAAGGGGGAUCAACACAUUUCACAGGGAGGGCUGAGCAUGAGACAUUGGCCGAUGACGAUUGCUUCUACUUGAUUAAGAAAUUAAGU